CGACAGUGAACGUGUGGCAAACCCUCUGACCUGGGCUACUUAUCCACUUGGAGAAAAACGUCAAUUACGCUUAUGAAUUGCGCAGUCUACCACACCAAAUUGAUAUCGGGGAAGGAGACAGGCUAAAGAAAAGGAGGGAACGAGGGAGGGAGGGAGGGAGGGAGACAUAGGGGUAGCAGAGGACGGCGCUUCCAUGGCUGCAUCGCAGGGAGGAGGUAUGGCCGCUACCCUCUUGGAGUUGCAGAGUUGUUCAGGCAGCAUCGUUGUUGGCAAACGGCGGGAAGGCACGUUUUAUGAUCGGCAGGCAUCCAGCCUGUCAACUGUGGCCGGGCCCUCGUCCUGGCUGACAUCACGCGCAGGCCACGUCAGUGAUGAUCAUUCGGUCACGAUGCAUGCAGGUCGUUCCCUGGCCAGUGGGGCCGCAGGGCCAGGAAGGAACGGGCAGCUGAGGUUUCUGAGUCUAACACCGGUGGUACUGAAGAGGGUGACACAUUCGCAGUGCCACGUGUCAUCUUGCUGUGCGACGAUGACGGUGAGGGGACCUAUGGGGAUGUGCUCGAGCAGUGUGGGAGUGAUUAAGCCUGUGCAUCGUUGGGCGGGCCGGGUGAGUAGUAACUCCUUGAUACACGUGGUGACGGGAUGCCAAUUUGAUCGAUCUUCGUGCGCCACCGCGGUCGACGUGCGGCACUGCGGCGUUCCCGACGAUCAUCAUCGAUGCCGCAGUCUAAAGAGCUAUCGCUGUUGUGCUAACUCGUAUGGAAUGUUGAACUUGUCAUUAUGUUCAUCGACGAACGACAACCACGUGAAGGCCACAAUCAACCUCGUCAGUGCCCGUACAAGAAGCCCAGCUUAUUCACCAUCAUGGAUUGCGAUCGCAGCUGUUCGCCACAUGGAUGUAGGCACGGCUAGCCUGCGAAUGAGUGGGGUGCCCUCCUUGAUUCGGUCGAUGGCAUUUUUGAAGGUUGUAGCGUCAUGUAGGACUUGGAGGAGGAGGAGGACAAGGAGGAGAAGAGCGACCCUUCUGAGCAGGCUUGAAGGUUUGGCGAUGACCUGUCGACAUGUCAGCGGCUUAUCCCUCCGAUUACCAAAUAACAUCUUCUGUCAGAGAAUCACUGGGGACGAGAGCACUAGGUGGCGGGGCUGUGAUUGGGCCCACAGUAGCGGUGGGACAUGGGUUUCCGUUCCCGCCUUGAUGCCGGUGCAACAUGGGGGAAACAGACUGAGCUCCAAAAUUAUGAGGAGGAGAGAAAGGCGGUGGGGCACCAUUGUCCAAUCCGUCCUAGAUAAUCAUUCGACGGUGAGGGUGGGGGAACCGGACACUAGUGGAGGGACUCCUGCCUCCAGAGCUAAGGAUGGGUUGCUUGGCGAUGGGGGUGGUCGCCCCUCCUCCUCACUUUCAGAGACAAAGAACCUGUACCUGUCCAGCUUAUCAGUGGAAUUCUCAGAGGCGGUGGAUGGCCUUCUAGAUCUGCUGGAAGAUGCAGGCGUGCGCCCGGGCUACGCCUUCGAAUUUGUCCGCAAUGCCCACGAUUGUGUCGAGUCCUUGAUAAGCGAGGCCAGAGAAUUGUUGCUGUCAGAAGAUGGCCAGGAGGAGGAGGAGGACUCUGAAGAUGAGGAGGAGAAAGACGAUGACGAUGACGACAAUGACGACGUCGAUGACGACGACGACGACGACGACGACGACGAAGAAGAAGAAGAAGAAGAAGAAGGCAAUGAUGUGGAGAGUUGGAGGAGGAGGAGGCGGAGGGGGGAAGGGAGGAGGGGGGAGUUGAGGAGCAUUGAAGGGGAUCAGGGCGGAGAGGAAGAGGUGGUCCAGCAGGUCGAGAGCACAGGAAGACGAUCUGUGGGUGACAGCAGAGAUGGUCGGCAGUUUCGUAGAGUCCGGCCGGAAGUGUUCAAGGGCACAAUUGCUCAUUGCGCCGAGAAGACAGGUAUUCCUAAGCUCGUCGCUUUCCUGGAAGACCUGGGUGUGAAGGCUGCUGAUGUGCCGAAGAUCCUGACAGGUGCAGACAGCGUGGAUGUGCUAAGGGCACGUGUCGAGCUCCUGCGUCAAGGGGGUCUUCGGCUUUCUGAUCUGCCGACGGCACUGACACGCUGCCCCGCCCUCUUGUCCCGUUCCCUAGAGCAGUUAGAAGCAGUGAUGAUGUGUCUGGCAGAGGAGGUUGGGAUCGGCAAGCUGAGACUUGUAAAGGUCCUGAGGCAGCGUCCAGAGAUACUGAGCGUAGGUGUGGAGGAGAUCAGGACAAAAAUUGCCCAGCUCAAAGAACUGGGCUUGUCAGACAGCCACGUGGCCAUGAUUGUCAGAAGGAACCCACGAGUGCUGCUGUCUGACGUGCUGGACGUGAUGGCUCCGGUUCUUUGGUACAUGGGAGAGCUCAAGAUGCCCAAGGAGAAGCUUGGCACACUUAUCUUGAAAAAUCCGGCGUUUCUAGAAUCUUCACAGGAGAUCGACAAACAGAUCCGGCCAAUAAUGGCGUACUUGAAGAGCGAAGGAGCGGAGGAUGAGGACUUGGGCAAGAUCAUAUCGGCCUUCCCAUCUGUUAUCAAUUACGAUCUAGAUACGGACUUUCGCCCUACAGCGGAGCUGUUUGAACAGCUUGGGGUUCAGCCCAACAGCAUGGGAAAAAUAUUGGCAAGGCAUCCAAAGCUGAUGACACAGAGGAACAAUAUGCUUCCAAAGAUCAAGUUCUUUGAAAAACUAGGUUUGACUUCGGGGGAAGUUGCUGAGGUUGCAGAAAAUGCACCCCAACUGCUUUGCCUUAGCGUUGAAAAUAACCUCAUGCCAACAGUGGAAUACCUCCAAAGUUUGGGAAUAUCGGAUCCAUCGCUCAGGAAGAUCCUCAAGACACGGCCGAUGGUGCUCGCAUUCUCUUUGCAGAAGCUGCAGAGAAAUGUUUCCUUCCUCCUGGCCGAAAUUGGAAUUCCGCCCAACCAGUUGGAACGGGUUGUGACGAGAUACCCAGGAGUCCUUAGCCUGAGCGUGGAGAAGAAAAUGAGACCAUCUCAGGCAUACCUUCUUAGUGUGGGUUUUAAAAAGGCGGACAUUGCAGCCAUGGUCUCCAAGGCGCCGUCGAUUCUGGGAUUCAGCACAUCGACAACUCUGGCACCCAAGUAUGAGUACGCAGUCAAUGAGAUUGGUGUCAAAAAUGAGGCCAUAGUUGCAUUUCCAGCCUAUUUCAGCUACAACCUUGAAAAACGCAUCAAACGGCGGUUUGAGCUUGCUAGGUCACUUGGGAUGGAGUACCGGCUGAGCACUCUUUAUGGUGUUAGAGAUUCGAAAUUCCUAGGCGGGUUGACCGGGGAAGAAGACAAACAAGUCAUGGAGGCGAAAUUGGCCAGGAGAAGAAACAGGCAGAGAAGCGCUACUGCUACUGCGAUCUCUUCUGUAGGGAGCACAAUAAAAAGGGGCCGAGGACGACCAAAGAAGAAGACUGUGGCUGGGUCUGCAGAAAGCUGAUGUGAUGCUCGCUUCCAAGUGGGCAUGACCAGCAAAGAACAAGAAUGGAGUGGCAUAUUUUCCGCUAUUACUGUGAGGCUUCAUGACCACUCAAAGGAACUGCUUUUUGCAAGUGGCAGGCAAAGCAACCAAGCAGAUGGGCAUGUCUGUAUGCGUGUGCAUGAGAGAGAGAGAGAGAGUUCAGUAAUAUGCCUGGAGAGCGCAACACAUUCUUCUCCCUGUGAAAACAAUGUAGGUGGUGGAGAGGCAGAGACGAUUGAGCAGAACGAGAGAGAGAGAGAGAGAGAGAGAGAGAGAGAGAGAGAGAGAGAGAGAGAGAGAGAGAGAGAGAGAGAGAGAGAGAGAGAGGCGUUGUCAUGUGGGGAUCCCCAGGGGCCAAGCCGGGGUUCCGGUUUGACCCCCACACCCCAUGCGGGGACCACCGACCGCCGAACCUCCUGGGGCGGGGGGCUGCCCUGGGGUCCAGAUUUUGGAAAAGAGAAAAGGUGUUUCCCUGCGCUCCCCGCAAGGAGUUACGAGGGGAACCGAUUUCCCCCCCUAAAAAACGAGAUUCUGCACAAAAAUAAUCAAAGCCACCGGCCCGU